UAUAGUUAAAUAGAAACUGAGUUGUGAUAGUGUAUGAGUUCAAAGGAGCCCUCUGAGAAAUGUGCUCUGUUCUCCUAACAGGAAGGGGAAGUGGUGAAAGAGGUGUCGUGAGUAGUGUGAGCUUGAACACAUUUUAUAAGUGAUUUGAUCAUUGAAUAAAUUAUCAGAAUUUUUAUUUUCUCUUUGCUAAAAUAACAUCGUGUCUUUUUUUAAGCUUGACUCUUUUAUUGAAAUAUAUGCACGUUCAUUUCAUUCAUGUUUUGAUUAAUAAGCUUUAGGUGGGUAAGUUGAAAUCAACUUUCUGGUACCAUAAAUGUUUUGUUUAUCUGGUGUUAUCUCGAAAUGGAAAAACCCCCAAGGAAUUGGGGCAAAUUAAUUAAAACAUUUUGAUCCUACAACCCGUGUCUCUGUGUACAAUGCUCCUACACCCUGCAAUUUCAUUUGUGUAAUGCUAUUUGGUUUGAAGACGUUGGGAUCACCCAUGGCGUCAAAGUGGGUGUUUUAAUAUUUGUAUUUUAAUUCAUAUUUUAACUUUACUGACCUGUGUGACUUGUUCCGCCAUAAAUGUUCACAAAAAAAAUAAUUGAGAGAUAUUCAAUUAUAAUCAUGGUCUGUUUAAUAUUAAGCUACAUCUAAAAUAUUAAACUAGUUGUGUUCUCACCGGGGAAAUGGUACGUUCCGGCGGUUGCGUCAUUCAUUGUUUACAAACCAACCCUAGCGGCUGCUUUUCGCUGGGCAGCGUGGUGACUGUGGACGCCGGUGAAGCGCCGUCGGUUUAUUUCGACAGAAUUGUGUCCAAACGUUUAAGAUUCACCUGAAAAUGCCUUGUCGAAAGGAGAACUACAUCUUUUUGGAGCAGUCCGUGACCGUCGAUUCUAAAGAGGUGGACGCUCUUGUGACAAAAAUCGGCGAAGCUCUUCAGCUGCACAACAAUAGCGCUACACAGCAGACGAUGUCGCGUCUCCACGGUCUGACCACCACCACUAGCAGCAGCAGCAGCAGCAGCAACAACAACAACAACAGCAACAGCAGCAGCAACGGCAAGCAGAGCAACAACAGUAACACUGCCAGCGUACAGAAGAGAAAUGGCUGCUGUAUACGUCUCCGUAGCGGCCGAAAAGCAACCCGAGCAAGUCCAUACAAUAUACCCGGCUCCAGCGAUCAGGAAUGGGACCAUUUCGCAACGUGGAACCGAAAGGGACUCGACGGUACGGGUAACGAGGACAACCCCCACCAGCUACUCCAGGAACUCAUCUUAUCUGGGAACCUCAUUAAAGAAGCGGUCAGACGACUCCAGUUUUCAUCCGAGUCGCAACGCGAUUUCUCUAAGCAAAUCGACUGACAUUGUGAGGCAUUAUCCAGCUAGCGGAUAGGAGAGUGUCGUGGUGGAUUAAGUCACACUGUCUGAUCUCCUCGGCUAACCUGGUUAACUGGAUAACCAGCGAGUUCGUGAGCUAUCACGACAAUAUUCAUACAUUUCUUUUCUGGGAGUUUAUAUAAAAAUAAAAAAAACGAACCUUACUUAAAAAAAACAACGAUCUUGGAUUAAAAAAACGAAACUGUAACGUUAUUUCGACUGUUAGCUAUAGCGUUGUUUUUGUUUGAAACGUGACUAAACGUUCCGAGUCUGUCACUAGCACGCGCACUGAGUCUGAGUGUCUGCUUUUGAAUGAAAUGUAAACGGCAAGUUAUUAUUUGUGCUUAACUCCACACGUAUUGUGUUUAACAUUGUGUGUGUGUGUGUGUGUGUGUGUGUGUGUGUGUGUGUGGCUUUUUUUUUCUUUUUUUCCUUUUUUUUUUAUAUUUUUAUUUUUUAAACGGUAUUCCUGUUUGCAGGCUAGUAGACCAAAUGGUCGUUGCACCAUGUUUGGGUAGCAAGUAAGAGGUUAGCAUUGUGCCCUUGGCGUGCUACCUUUGUUUACAGUCUUGCUAUCAGUAGCUUGGUCUGGGGAUGGGCCACUGGUACUUACAAACACACUCUCCCCACAAGAAAACCCUCUUCUCGCAGAACAAUAAGGUACUUCAUUGGCUGUAUUUGGGCUUUUCAAGCUGUUUCCUACUCCCACGUGGACCUCUCCAUCGAGUCUCUCUGGAAACACAGGAACUGUUCAGUUUAUUUUCAAGAGAAGAUCACUUUGUAAUGGGAGAGGAGUGCAAGAGACACGGGGAUCUUCAUAUCAGACUCUCUGGUGCUUUGAGAAUUCCUCUAUGGAGUUCGUAUGUGUCUCUGCUUUCUCUCUUAAUGUCUGUAUGCUUCGUAACGAAGUCAUUUUAACAGCCCUGACUUUUUCAGGCAGUUUGGUCUAUAAUAAACAUGGUGGAUUUUUUUUCA